UUUUCAUUUAAAAUUUCUACCCCGGAUCUCCCUCCAUACCCUCCCUAAACCCUUCCCUCGCUCUACUACAGUUACUAGACUAGGUUUUCAGCACAAACCCUCCGUGGCUCCACCACGAUCGAUGGCAGCUCGGUCGUCUUUUGCCGGUAUGGAGGUUCCGAUAAUCGGCAGCGAUUCUAUCAAAUGGUUCAGCAUCGCUGUCCCUUCAACCACUACUUCUAUGUCGCCUCCACCAUCGCCUGAGCCCUUUGCUCCUCUUACCGUCGACGUAUCAUCAUGCUGCAGUAUUGGAGACCCUCCUACCUAUUUCAUUUGGAGAAUAGACCAGAGUUGUCCAAAUGUCCUGGAGAUAGUCGAAUUCCACAGUUUUGAAGAAUUCCCAAGGGUUGGAUUGCGGCUUGAAUUUGCUAAUGCUCUAUGCCCAUUUGCUUUUAUAUGCAAAAAAGAGGUUCCUACUUCACUUGAGAACCCAUACAUGCUUUAUGCAUUGACUAUUGCUGGAGUUGCAUACCUUAUUAGACUGACUGAUAUAACUAACUAUGCAUCAUGCACUGUUUUCCCACCAAGUGAUGUUGUUGAGUUUUCUAUUCAAAAUUAUGGUGAUUAUGGAGCAAUUACAGCCAUAUCAGCAACCAUGGGGUGUCUUGUAAUAGGUGGAAGGACUGGAUUGGUUGGUUGUUUCCGACUUGGCUUUCUUGAUUCUAGUGAUCCAGGUUUUCUGCAUGAACUACGAGAUGAUUCCAGUUUUGGUCGAUUGUGGAGUUUAAUGUCGAGGAGGACCAUAGCCCCGGUGAAGGAUCUGGUAUGUUUACAUAUUCAAGGGAAAAGGUUUCUCCUUGUGUUACAUUUAGAUGGAGUUUUACAAUUGUGGGACCUUUUGAGUUUUAGUAGACUUCUGAGUUAUACCAUGAAUGCUUCAACAUUGGAAGGAGCUACAUUCAUGAGGUUAUGGGCAGGAGAAAAUAACCAUGAUACAAGUAUAUUACCUCUUGCAGUUCUGCAUAAGCCUAAGCCGGAAGUUGAUAGGGAGAUGAUAUCUGUAUACAGUUUGCAUCUUAGUAUGGGAGGGAAGACUAAUUAUUUUAUUGAGCCUUCAACAAUGAACAUCUCCAUGGAAGGGGGUCCACUCAUUGAUGUCAAACUUUCUUCAAAUAAAAUUUGGAUACUCAAAGAACAGGGACUGGUUUUGCACAACUUGUUAAGUCCAUGUGAGCGUGGGGAAUUCGAGCAACGCUUUUGCUUACAAGAAACAGUUGUUGCUGAACAACUAUUUCAAAGCUCUAACAAUGCUGCAUAUGAUCUUCUUUGGCUUGCUCAUUCACUAUAUUCAUCCACAAAGGACCAAAUUGCCCCUCGUGUGUCUUCAGUCUUCAUGCGUAUGCUAUUUCUUCCAGGCAUUUUCCAUAAUUCUGUUAUCCGAGAAACACUACAAGAUCAUAACAGACACUUGACUGAUUCUGAGUUUCACUCUUUAACUGCUGAUGGACUAAAAAAGGAGAUUAUUUCUGUAAUCGAGCAUGAGGGUGUUUCCAGGAAUCCACUUUCACUUAUAAACUGCUGGAGAAACUUCUGUGAACACUAUUUUUACAAUUGGGAUAAGAAGAAUGCAGCAUGUGGAUUACUUUUUGAUACAUCAAGUGGUGCGAUUGGUUUAAUAAGAAAAUCAUCAGUUUCUCUAUUGCGUUGCUUGGAAGAUAUAGAGCUUCUUGCCCUUGGAUCUUUUGAUGAACUUGGUGAAUCUGCAAGCUCAAGGAUCAACUUAUCAAAUGAUCUUGAACAGGAAUUACUUUGUGAGGUUCUAGAAACCGGAUACACUUCUUCAAUAGCAGCUGUUCAUGUCUCAGAGUUAGGUGUUGAUAAUGCUUGGAAAAAGGAAAUUGAUGACCACAAAGCAUUAAGGAAGUUCUCUGUGCAUAUGUUCUUAUCUCUUCAUGGUCUCUACAAAAAAGCUUCAACAUGGGACAAAGUUGUAGAUGUUGUAUUGAAAUACUUGAACUAUUUAGUGCCUCAAAAGAAUGAACAGAAAUUGGGUUCUGAAGCUGUUUUUGAUAUUAGUACUUGCAUAACAGUUCAAGCAACUUCACAAGUUGCUCAAGUGAUGUUUGAAUCUGCAGUGGGGAUACUAUUGCUGCUGAGCUACAUGGUGAAGUUGGGUGGCCAGAUAAAUAUGUCACCUGAUGAUGUUUCCAGGGUGCAACUUGAAUUAUUUCCAUUGAUUCAAGAAAUUAUUACUGAGUGGCAUAUAAUACAUUUCUUCUCAACCACACCUUCUGAAUCACCUGCCAUAGAAGAUUUCAGUUCUCAACUCUCCUUAUUACAAAUUGAUAACAGCAUUGAUCGAAGAUCAUGGAAUGACAAGCUUGGAAAAUGUGACUUUACAUUGGCUUUUAUUUUGUUACUUGAUCAUCAAAGUUUUUUCAAAGAUCAAAACCGUGUUGAUUCAAAACACCUUCCAAAUCCCACCUCUUUCAUUGCUCCAGUAAGAAACUUCAUAAGCCGGAUAGUUUGGGGAAGGAGUGAUGACGUGUCAUCUUCUUUUUCUACUCACUCAACUAUGCUUGCUUUGAUCUUGCUUAAACAUGGGCAGUUUGAUGCUGUUGAGCAUCUUCUUACAAUGGUGAACCAAAAUAUACUCAAGGAGAAAACAUCUAGUGGUAUUCAGGGUGUAAACAAUGAAUGGUGCACCCUUCUUCACCUUCUUGGCUGCUGUCUUCUUUCACAAGCACAUCGUCAAGCCCCACGGGGUUCUACUGAAAAGAAAGUUAAUGAAGCUAUUUCUUGCUUUUUUAGAGCUGCAUCUUUGCAAGGGGCAUCAAAGUCAUUGCAGAAUUUAUCAUAUGAAUCCGGAAUGCCUCACCUUGGCAUCUCUGAUCACGUCUCCCCUGCAGCAUGGAAACUUCAUUACUAUCAAUGGGCAAUGCAGAUAUUUGAGCAAUAUAAUAUGAGCGCAGGAGCAUGCCAAUUUGCCCUUGCUGCACUUGAACAAGUUGAUGAAGUUUUGGGCCUUAAAGACACUUAUUCAGGGGCAGAUUUUCUCAACGAAUCUCCAAAUAUUGCUAAAGGAAGACUUUGGGCCAAUGUAUUCAAGUUUACACUUGAUUUGAGCAAUUACCAUGAUGCAUAUUGUGCCAUUAUUUCAAAUCCAGAUGAAGAAAGCAAAUACAUCUGCUUGAGGCGUUUUAUCAUCGUUCUUUAUGAACGUGGUGCAACUAAGAUUCUUUGUGAUGGCCAAUUACCAUUAAUUGGUUUAGCUGAGAAAGUAGAGCAGGAGCUUGCUUGGAAGGCAGAGCGUUCAGAUGUUUUGGUGAAACCAAACCCUUAUAAAUUACUAUAUGCCUUUGAAAUGCAUCAGCAUAAUUGGCGUAAGGCUGCAACUUAUAUGUAUCUUCAUUCACUUCAACUGAAAAAUGAAGCGACUUUAAAAGAUUGCCAGCUCAGAUCAUUGACUUUGCAAGAAAGGCUGAAUUGUCUUUCUGCUACUAUAAAUGCACUUCAUCUUGUUCAUCCAUCAUGUGCAUGGAUCACUCCUUCACUUCAAGGGAAGUCUAAUCAUAAAGACUUAUAUCCAAGUAAAAAGGCGAGAAUUACAGUUCAAGAUCAGGAAGCUAAUGAUCAUGUCCCUGUUCAGAAACUGGAUUCCUGUAUGGAUAUUGAGAAACUUGAAAAUGAGUUUGUGCUGACAUCAGCGGAGUAUUUGCUUUCGUUGGCAAAUAUUAAAUGGACAUUUACAGGGAUUGAGAAGCCUCCACCAAACUUGGUUGAGUUGUUGGUUCAGUCAAAUCUAUAUGAUAUGGUUUUUACAGUAAUUCUUAAAUUCUUUAAGGGUUCAGAAUUAAAGAGGGAACUGGAAAGAGUUUUUAUUGCCAUGUCCCUCAAAUGCUGUCCUACCAGGGAUAAUUUUAAAAAGCAGAGUCUGCUUCUUACAUCAUCAAACAACGAGGCUGCUCAUGAUUCUCAUGACAUGGUUUCUGCAACACAAUAUUCAAAGGGAAAUGACCAGUGGGAUGCACUUGAACAAUACAUAGAAAAAUAUAAAAGUUUUCAUCCAAGAUUGCCAGUUAUUGUUGCAGAAACCCUUCUAUGUGCUGAUCGACUGAUUGAACUCCCUCUUUGGCUUGUCCAGAUGUUCAAGGGGAAAGUGAAGGGAAGUUGGGGCAUGUCUGGGGCUGAAUCAAGUCCUGCAUCACUGUUCCAACUUUAUGUUGAUUAUGGGAGAUAUCCAGAGGCUACCAAUCUCCUGCUUCAUUAUAUUGAAUCCCUUGCAUCACUGAGACCAGCUGAUGUUGUUGGUAGGAAGAGAACAUCUGCAGUCUGGUUUCCAUACACAACAAUUGAACGGUUGUGGUGUAAGCUUGGGGACUUAAUCAGUUCAGACCAUAUGGUUGAUCAAUGUGAAAAGCUAAGAAGCCUCUUGCAAACAGCUCUACUCAAGCACUUUCAUCAGCUAAAAGUGGAUUCAGACGAUGUGAUGGCCUCUGCAACCUCUUAAUUGAUAAUCAGAUUAUCUAAUCACACUCUAAAUGUAAAAGUUCAUUGUCGUUGUAACAUUACAUAUGACAUAUCCAAACAAAUAUAUCAUCCUUGAUUUUACAAGUUUAUAGUUUCGAAUGGUUUUGCAUGUUUUAAUAUCUCAU